CACAGCUGUGUUUGUGUGUACCCGCGGUGUAUACACUCUUAGUGCGCCGCGUGUUGUUGUUACGUUGCCAAACUGUGGUGCGACAUGGAGCCACCUGGCGGGAGGGACUCCCGAUUCAACCUCGGCUACAGCAUGAACCUGCUCAGCGGCGAGACGCCGCCCGAGAUCUACGGAAACCCGGGCCUGCGGCCCUCCACCAGCCUGCAGCAGCUGUCACCGCGGCACGGCGCGAUGGUGGCGGGCGCGUGCGGCGGCCGCAAAGUGGACGUCUGCUACGACGAGCGCGGCGUGCCCCAGGGCAUGGGCCUGGAGGCCUGCGGCGUCAACGAUAUCGGCGACGACGCUUACGGCUCGCUCCAGCCGAAGAAGUCGCCGCCCAGCAACGGCAAGAAGACCAAGGGCAGGGUCAAGAUCAAGAUGGAGUACAUCGAGAACAAGCUGAGGCGGUACACGACGUUCUCGAAGAGGAAGACUGGCAUCAUGAAGAAGGCAUACGAGCUGUCGACGUUGACCGGGACGCAAGUCAUGCUCCUGGUGGCGUCCGAGACCGGCCACGUGUACACGUUCGCAACCCGAAAGCUUCAGCCCAUGAUAACCAGCGAGGCCGGCAAGGCGCUGAUCCAGACCUGCUUGAACUCCCCGGAUCCUCCGGCGGGCUCCGCUUCCGGAGACCAGCGAAUGUCGGCCACCGGAUUCGAGGAGACGGAACUCACCUACAACAUCAGCGACGAGGACUCCAAAGACGAAAAUAUGUCUGGCGGCGAAUCCAGCGACAGCAGUGACGCCGACGCGCACGAAGAAGAAAACGACAUCGUCUACGUUCCUCCGUCAACCAAAUCCGCCACACCCCCGCCGGCCACCACGUCCCAGUCCAGCACCGCCUCCUCCACCGCCUCGACGACGACCUCCACGUCCACCGCGCCCGCCACCACCGCGUCCUCCAAGUCGUCGCCGUCGCAGCCCAUCCUCUCGCCCCUGCUCUACCAGACCCCCCAGGGCAUGAUGUACGCCACGCCGUCCAACGGCGGCGUCAUCUUCAGCCUGGCCCAGGCCGACCCCACCUCCGCCCACCCGCAGUUCAUCACGAUACCGCUGUCCAUGGUGGCGGCCAACGGCCAGGGGGAGCUUGACCUGUCGAAGCGGAAGUGACCGGCGAAUAAGAUUAUUGGCACGUUGCGGGCUUCCGUCGACUUUGUUUCGUAUGUGCGCUUCUGUUCUGCCUGUUUCCUUUUCCGGUUGCCGGAGCGGACGGUGCCCUUCGGGGACGUGAUGUGCCCGUUUCCGUAUUCAAAAAUCACGGAGGUAGGACACGCGAUACUUUGUCGUAUUUACUUGCCGAGCUGAUGGCUGGAGGUGUUGCAGAAAGGGGCGAUGAGAGGAGUCCUGCGGCACGACCUUCGCUUCAAAGCAAUAGUCACUAUGUAGUCUGUAGGGGGAGGAUCGGGCGGGUCCGAGUACCACUUCGACGUAACAGAAUCGAAGGGAUUAUUGUAGUAUUGCGAUUUUUCGGGCAUGUUAUGUUGCUGUGGUAUUAUGUAACGUCUAAUGUUUCUUGUUGUACAUGGUUUGAUAUGACUAUGCAAAAGUUAAACGGAAAAAAGGUUGCAACGGUCGUGGUCAAUGUAGGUAGCAAGAGGUUGGUUUACAGGUUCGAUUAAUCUUAUCGUUACUCACUUUGAGCGAAAGUACUACUGAAGGACGAGGUGUCACAUUUUCGAAAAUACUGUAGACGCCAAUUUCGCUAAUAAUCUUGUGGUAUUAAAAAAAAUAUGGAUUAAAACCAACUAGCUUCAUUAAAAAGCAUUGCAGUUUUUUUUAAAUUAAUAAAAAUGAACAUUAACAUAAAUACUGAUGUUUCAAAUAUCGACAUCUGUGUCUAAAACAGGAAACUGUUGUCGUCGUUGUCAAAAUAACCGGAUUUGGUGAUGUUUGAUGAUUUGUGAUUAAAACUGACAACGCUGCUUCUAAAUUUGACUAGAUAUGGUAGAAAAUCUAUUAUUGAAUCACGAUUCUUCUGAAAAUUUGACAGUUUUACAAAACCGCUACUAAAAUUUCGAUUUAUAGCUUAUAGAGAAUGAAAUACAAAUGUUAAACAGUGAAAACUGCAGCUUUUUAGUAUUUGCACUUUUCGAUUUCGAUUCAGAAUGCGAUAACGUAUGACGUCAUAGCAAUAUUCAACAGCUUCGGGAUGUGUUUUUUCAGCACUGCGUUAUUUCCGUGUAGAUCUUUUUGUCGUUAUAUAUAUUUAGACGUAAUCUAAAGAACACGAUAAUGAGCGGAAUUACUAUCUAAAGCGAACGGAAAAUAUGUAAAAAUAAUUCUUUGCAUCCAUUGGAUAGAACGGAAAAAAGGUAGAUUUUCUAAAAUUCUCGCUGUGGAUUUUGCCGGGAAUUUUGAGUCUGAGUCUCACACCUCGAAUAGGCGGGAUAUCGCAAUGACGUCACCCGCAGAUUUAUUUCUCUGUUGUUAUUACAUAUGUUUGUUUCUUCUUUUAGAAAAGGUAUCAGUAUGCGUUAUUUUUUCACGUCGAUUCCAAUCCUUAAUUAUUUUUUUUGACCUUUCAUUUAAUUAUAUGUAACUUCUUCAAAAUGACAUGAAUUAUUUUUGAAAAUAUGGAAAAUCAAGUAAUUUUAUACGAAUUUAUUUCUUCUCACAAAGUGACAGUAGGUAUUUGGAACAUGGUACAUUUUUUAUUUG